AUGGAGAUGGACCGAAAAACGCAAAUUAUCGACUACGAUGGAAACAUCAUGGAGGAUCUAAAGGAAUGGAUGAUUAGGAAUAAGCUAGCUAAUCUUGGGUUCAACUAUAACGUGAUAGCAAUCUUGGGGAGCCAAAGUAGUGGGAAAAGUACUCUCCUGAAUAAUUUAUUUAAAACGUCAUUCGAUGUGAUGAACACAAAAAUGGGUCAUAGUCAGACAACCCAGGGGUUAUGGUUAAGUUUCGAUACAUUUGAGGAUAGUUCGGUUGCCGCUUCCGAGCAGGGCAGUAGUACCACUCAAGUGAACCCCACGCUGAUUUUAGACGUUGAGGGAAACGACUCUAAAGAAAGAGGAGACAACCGCCUGACCUUUGAGCACAGAUCAGCGCUGUUCUCUUUGGCACUGGCAGACUGCGUAAUUGUAAAUCUGUGGUACCACUCGUUAGGGAAUUUCACCGCAUCGAAUUAUGGAUUGCUAAAAACAGUCAUGGAAGUAAAUCUGGAGUUGUUUCAGCAGGAUAAAAAUUGUCCCAAAACGAUUUUGCUAUUCACAGUGAGAGACUGGUUCGAAGAGUUCGCAUCGAUCGAUAUUGUGAAGAAUAAAAUCGUAGAGGAAUACUUAAACAAGAUAUGGAGUGAAAUGAAAAAACCCCCAGAGGCAGAAAAGGUAGAUAUAAAUAAUUACUUCAUCGUCGAAGUGGUAGGAUUAUCUCAUGGAAUUAUUAAAAAGGCUGAAUUUUUAAAAGAUGUCGAAAAUUUAAGGAUGAAAUGGAUUAACCAUUUGAGACCUCUACAGUAUUCAAGGAACAUUCCUUCCGAUGGUUUCGCACAUUAUUGCAAUAACAUUUGGAAUACCAUCGUGAAGCAAUCCCAACUGGACAUUCCAUCGCAGAAGGAAAUGUUAGCUACCUUUCGAUGUCAAGAAAUUAAAAAUAACGUCAUUAUUAACACUUCAAAAAUGAUAAAGGAGAAAUUAGCUGCAUCAUCCUCGCAGCAUAGUGAUGCCACCAUUGAUGAGUUUAAAUCGUGGGCUGAAAAAGAUAUAGUGGAAAAAAGCCUCGAUGAAUACUUUCUGGAUGCCUCCAGGUAUAUAGAAAGCAUAUGCCUAAAGACGUCAGAGGAGUUACUGGAGAGCCUCUUCAUACAACUACAAACCAUUGUAGAUAAUAAUUUAAAUUUUACACAGAGGGUACUGUCGGCCAAAUUUGCAAACGAGCUUAACACCAUGUACAGUGUGUGCACAUCCGACAAGAAUGUGUUUCUCUUCACCAAAGAGUCCAAUCUGCAAGUACGGAGAGAUGGCAAGGGCAGUACAUCUCCCAAGCAGGAUAAGAACGAUAAGAUGGACCAAAAUAAUAGUCAAGACAAAUGCAUUCGUCUAUGGUCCAGUUUUCUCUUAAAUGCGGAUAAGCUCGAGUACACCACUUUGUGUAACUUCUUUGAGGACUAUGAAAAAUGCAACAUUGAAAUUAAGAAGAGAAAUAAAAUCCACGAAUUUAAUUAUAAACCCUCCUUGAGCAUCCUCUCUACGGCCAUGUGCAAAGACCUGAACAGAAUUCGAAAUGCACAAUUCACCGUCCUUCUGGAUCGCACCAGGGCCACCAUCAAAAGUAGGCUGAAAAAUAUCGACAGCCUACUCAUCACGACGAAAAACCCGGAGGAGUACUGGAAUAACACACUCAGAAUUGUUAAGGCACUGCAGGAAAGUAUAAAUAACAACCUGACAAAAUGCUUCAUAAACCUGAAAGGGAGGGGCCCAGGUAGUUGCACCGCUGGCAUUAUUGCAGAUGGAGUGUUGGGCCAUGACGAGGAUAAUACAUUCCACGUGGAUAACCAAAUGGAGGCACACAAAUCGCUGAGCGACAAACAAGCCGCAAAUGAGAACAACCAUUACGUAGAGGAGAACCUCCUAAACUACAAAAAGAUUGACAUAAUUAAAAACAAAGGUAAGUACAUCAGCACUGUAAGCGAAGAAAUUGAGAAACAGAUAAAGAACAAGAAGGCCAUUUCAGAAUUAAACAGUUACUACCUGGACGAAAUAAUGGAUGUGCUUAAAAGUAAGCUAGACGAAAUUUCGGAUAAUCUAUCCUCCAUCAUAAUUCAACGAUUUGAAUCUGUGUUCAAUUACGAUGAUGCUGAGCAACCAAGACAGUGGCGUGAGAUCUCCGUGGCGGAACUGAAGAAAAUUUUCCGAGAAUCAAAAAAUUAUGCUCUUCUAAUUAUUGACAUUCUUCAGAAAAAUAUUAACGUAGAGAUCAUUGAUGAUUACUUACCAAAUAAUUUUAUAAAGGAUGAAAUUAUCGAGAAGGGGAAGAACAAGGCCAAGCGGAAGAUCCAAGAAAUGUGCAGGGAUGCUCAAUAUAUCCAAGAGACGGGUGGUAAAAUGAGUUUAAAGAAUGUGCCUCUUCUUUUCUGGGUUAUUUUGUUAAUCUUAGGAUGGAACGAACUUCUCUUUUUUACUCGCUUCUUUUUCCGCCUGAAUAUUAUUUUGCCUCUUUUCUUGGCCGUCGCCGUCAUUCUAUCAACCCUCGUUUUUAAUGGCAAUAUGGAGGUGCUUUCCAUCAUCAACAAGGUGGUUUUUUUUCUGGCCAAGAAUUCAUAUGGCUUUUACCGGCAAUUGCAGGCAAUGGGCGGCAAGGCUGCGCAGGGUUCCGAGGCGGACUAG